AUGGCAAGAUCACUUGACAUUAUUCUUUUUGUGCUUUGUUUGGCAAUUCUCACCCCUACAUUGAAUGCCAAUAAAUUAGAGAAUAAUGAGUAUUGGACAGAACAAAGACCUGAGUUUGAUUCAUAUUGGCAAGAAAGGGCUAAGGUUGCAAAACAAGAGAAUAAAGCUGCUUAUUUUAAAGAUCCUUAUGCUAUCUCUGGAAACUUUACUGCUUCUAUUUCUGAAAUCAUAGCCGUAAAGGAGAAAGGAAGGAACUUGGGAGGACUUAAAGAUGAUGGAACAUGCUUGGCCACAAAUCCUAUUGACAGAUGCUGGAGGUGUGACCCAAAUUGGGCUAACAACCGCCAAAAGCUAGCAGAUUGUGUCCAAGGAUUCGGAAGAAACACCCGCGGAGGUCAAGGCGGUCCAAUCUAUGUUGUCACCGAUCCUUCUGAUGACGAUAUGAUGAACCCAAAACCCGGAACCCUCCGUUACGCGGUGACACGUAACGGUUCCCUUUGGAUCACAUUCGCUCGCAGCAUGGCCAUCACACUCCAACAAGAGCUUAUUAUGUCUGGUGACAAAACCAUCGACGGCAGAGGCGUUGAUGUUUACAUUUCCAAUGGUGCCGGUAUCACCAUUCAAUUUGUUAAGAACGUUAUCAUCCAUGGAAUUAAAAUUUACGACAUUCAAGUCCGAGAUGGUGGUAUGAUUAGAGAUUCUGAGGCCCAUUAUGGUUUUAGAACAAAGAGUGAUGGUGAUGGUAUUUCCAUCUUUGGUGCUAGUAAUGUUUGGAUUGAUCAUGUUUCCAUGAGAAAUUGUACUGAUGGUUUGAUUGAUGCUAUAAUGGGUUCCACUGCUAUUACCAUCUCUAACAGUCACUUCACUGACCACAAUGAGGUGAUGCUUUUUGGUGCUAGUAACGACUAUAGCGAAGAUAAAAUCAUGCAAAUCACAUUGGCAUUCAACCACUUUGGAAAGAGAUUAGUCCAAAGAAUGCCAAGAGCAAGAUUUGGUUUUGUUCAUUGUGUUAACAAUGACUACACUCAUUGGGAAAUGUAUGCCAUUGGUGGUAGCCAGAACCCUACCAUUAUUAGUGAGGGUAACAGAUUUAUUGGCCCUUAUAACAAAAUGCUCGGCAACGACCUAAUCAAUUCAAAAGAAAUAACAAAGAGGGAAUACACAGAGGAGAGCGAAUGGAAAACCUGGCAAUGGAGAUCAAUCAACGACGAAUAUAUUAACGGAGCAUUCUUCGUACAAUCUGGACCAGAGCUAAAGGACAGACCAUUUUCACAGAAAGACAUGAUUAAAGCUAAACCAGGAAGUUUCGUUGGAAGACUUACACGGUAUUCUGGAAACCUACGAUGCCGUGUUGGUGAACCUUGUUAGUUUUGGUCAUUGCUAUACAACGAAGACUUGGUAAAAGAGAAAAAGAAGAAUGAAGAGCAAUAUGGAGUGUCCUAACAUAGUUUCCUUAAAAGAAUAUUUCAUUUCACUUCAAUUUUCGUUUUGGUAGAGAGCUUACUCAAGAAAUCUUUGUUUUCAAUGCCACAUACAUGUACA